CUUUACCGUGGUCGAUGACCAAAUCGAAACUGGGCCCAGCCUUACGAAGACAUGGAGGAUGAGUGAGAUGAAAACGGAAAAGAUGCGUUAUUCUAAGAUUUGCACUUUGUCCACUGUUCUUUAUGUAAUCUGAUUUGCCAUUACGACCGUUCGGUAGUUUAUAAUGGCAACGGAGAACUGCGUAGCUAAACUAAACGAGUAUGUACAGAGAACACGCUCGUCGCUGAGAUAUGAGGACGUCGGAUCUGUCGGCCCUGAUCACAUCAAAACAUUUACCGUAAGAGCAGUCUUGAAUGGCAAGGUGUAUCCUGAUGGCGUGGGGAAGAACAAGAAGGAAGCCAAACAGAACGCGGCGAAAAAUACCCUGAGAGGCCUGUUUGAAGAACCAGCUGAUUGUACAGAAAAUUCACCAGAAGCUUCCGCAGCACCAGUUCAACAGACAAGUACGAGUAACAUCAACUAUAUAUGUUGGCUCAAUGAAUAUAGUCACAAGAGUAGGCUGCUUACAAGGGCUGUGGAGUCAACGAGACUGGGACCAAAUAAUGCAACUCUAUGUUGUAGCUAUGUUGUUGGUGAUAAGGAGUACCCAGCUGGCUAUGGGAAAACAAAGAGGGAAGCCAAGGAGGAGGCAGCAAAGCUUGUAUAUCAUGAGAUAUGUGGCAGUAAAACUGCAGAGACUGGAGAUGAGAAAUACAGUGGCACAUCAAGUCAGCAAAAGGAGGAAUCAAACCAAAAUGUGUCAGAGAUCUGUGAUAAGAUAAAAGGCUUGGAUGUAAAUACUGAAGGUGGAAGCUUUACAGAGACAAAUUUCAUAGGAAUUGUCAACCACUACUGUCAGAAAACAAAGCGCUCCCAUACAUUCAUCGAAGAGAGGAGAUGUGGCCCCCCUCAUAACCCUCAAUUUUUCUACAAAUUAGUGAUCGACAACAAGGAAUACCCUGUGGGUGAGGGUAAGAGCGUCAAGGAAGCCAAACAAAAUGCAGCUCAGCUGGCCUGGUCUGCUCUUCAGGAACAGUCCGAUUGGGACAGCAAGGUAACUUUCUGGUCAGCCGUGUCUGAUGGGGGUUCGCCAGCCAACCUGCCCACACUACCACGCACAGCGGAGACCUGCAAGGCACAGUCAAAAAGUAUGCCGACAUCUACAAGUGAAUCAGUUGUUUUCACCAAUUCACCGACUCUUCCCAAGGAUAAGUUUCAAAGUCCUGAUGUGAAGCCCAAGAUAAGGCUUGCAGCAAAUUUCCAAAACACCCGCAUAAACAGCAAAGAGGAGAUUUUCAAUUUCAAUGGAAAGCAUACAGGAAAUAGUCUGAGUAAGAAAACAACAACCCAGUCAGAAUCCUCAAGAUUUACAUCAGAAUUUGACUCGAUUGAGCGCCUCGGCAAAGGAGCCUUUGGUCGUGUUUUCAAGGCAAAAGAAAAACUGCUGAACAAGUAUUAUGCCAUAAAGAUUGUCCGCUGCAAAGAAAAAGCUCUACGAGAGGUGGGGGCAUUAUCAGACCUUCAUCACUCCAAUAUUGUUCGAUACUACACGUGUUGGAUGGAGGAUUCAGAGUACCAAUGGGACAGUACAGGGGACAGUAGCAGUGCUUCACGGUCAACCGGUAAUUCGUCUGUUAAGUACCUCUAUAUUCAGAUGGAGUUGUGUGACACCAAAACACUUAGAGUGUGGAUAGAUGAGAAAAAUACUCAGAAUGUGAAAAAAUCUUUGCGAGACUUCAAGAGAAGAGAGGAAAGUCUGACCAUUGCUCAGCAAAUAGUCAGCGGAGUCGAGUACAUUCACUUAAAAAAACUCAUCCACAGGGACCUUAAGCCUGCCAACAUCAUGUUCGGACGGGAUGGAGGGGUCAAGAUCGGAGACUUUGGUCUGGUCACUGCUGAGAAUGAUGACGAUGAGGAGAACCUGAUGGAGAGAACAGAGUACAAAGGAACCCCAUCUUACAUGGCCCCUGAGCAGAAGAGCAGGAGCACUUAUGACCGAAAAGUGGACAUAUUUGCUUUGGGGUUGAUAUAUUUUGAACUUCUUUGGAACCUCUCUGGCGAGAGGAAAGUGAUUUGGGACGAUGCCAGAAACCAUAAACUUCCUCAAGGAUUUUCUCACAAUUUUCCGGAAGAGAAUCAUAUUAUAAAGUCAAUGCUCCGUGUGAAACCAGAAGACCGACCCGAGGCUAGUAAACUGAAGAGGGACUUGGAAGAGUGCACUCAUACACUUAGGACACUUAAAAAUAUGCAGCGCGAUACACAAGUUUGUAAAAAGCAAACUUGUAUUGGAUCCGGGAUCCAGCAGAUAAGACUACAAGGGGCUGCUUUUGCAGUUCCUGACAGAAGAAGAAGUGUCAAUCAAAUUUUCUGAAUUCUGGCAGUGUUGUUGGCACAACUGAGAUCUAAACACAAUAAACCAGGAAAUGUCUCAACUAUGUUCUGACUCUGUUUCUGUUUUCGUGAGCCUGCAAUUACUUCACUGGUUAUAGUCGUUAAGAUAUUUUAAUCGAAGUGUUGCAGGUUCAUUCGAAAAUAAUACAGCAAGUUAUAGUAGAUCUCAGUGGGUUCUGACUCAGAUCAGUCUGAAUGGAAAUUGAAUAGAAUUUAAUAGGUUGAAGCUCUUAAGAAUUGACUUUUUCAAGAAACAAGUCGAGGGGAAUGAGGAGGAGGAAAGAAACAGUUAAGUGGAAGAACAAAGGAGUGCUGAGCUUCGUGUGAUUUGCAGGCGCAUUUAAAGGUAUAUGUUGGUCCAGGUGGGAGGAAGUCAUCAUCGACCCCAUAAGGCUGGGUCAUUGCAACCCAAAACACAGAACGUUAUAGGGGGUUGUCUAAAUGGUCUAAGGGACCACUAUCGGGUUGUUGAACAUGUACUCAUGCAUAUGGAGGCUUGAAAUCUCUGUCGUCACAAGCAUGA